AUGUCUCCGGCUCCGGGCACCUGUGGUGGCUGUACAAAUCACGAGAGCAUUCAUGCACGACCGUGUAAAUUCCAGUGGCUGUUCAUCCUGUUGCUGGUCCCGGUCCUGGCGUCCGAGUACCCGCACCAUGCGCCAGGUGUCGUAGUCCUUUACCAGAAGGAGGGCGGUUCGGCUUUUCACGGAGACCGACAGCCCAGGCCAGGCCACUUCGCCAAGGGCAAAUACGACCACGGACAUAGCCUACCGGGAAGUGCCAAAUCGUCCAGCGCGUUAGUACCUGCCGCGUCCAUUCUUGCCUCUGGAUUCAUCCACGGCAGACCGAUCUGUGCUCGAGACAUCGAUCUUUGCGUCUACAGCCACGACUACCCAAUAGACAAAGUGCAGACCAUCGUUGACCGCUACUACAACCAGAUGUACGACCUGUACCAUACCUUGUACAAGACUCCACCACAUGAGGUGCAGUGGGUUGAGAACUACACACUGGCAUUUGCUCACGAGAAACAGCACGGUAGUUUCGUGUGCCGAUCGGAGACUGUUUACCUGCGGAUCGGGUGGGCAAAGAACUGGAAGGGACAUUGGAUGACGGUAGUCAAUACCGAACGCUUCCCCCAGGUUACGCGUAUUGAGAAGUGCAAGUAUCGCAACAAGCCGUGCGAUUAUAUGGUGCCCUGCUACAAGUCUUCCUGCAAACAGCGUGAAAUGUUGUAUCCACUAAUUGCGGUCAAUCCGUACGACCCUGGACAGAAGCCGGUCAUCGAUCUGUUUCCUGUUCCAAGCGGGUGCGUCUGCUACGUGGACGAGUUCCGUUUUCAUUAGGAUCUCCUCGCUGUUCCUAUAACUGUGUGUUGUUUUGUACAGAACCUGUUGUGCAAAUACAUGUUGUUUGUUUGUCGUA